AUGGCGUCGACGCUAUGUUGUACGGCGGAGCAAGAAGCCCGGUCAGACUCACCAGAGCUACCCAACGCUCGUCCAAGCGGUGCCACGCCCGCAAAGCAACCUCUACUUCCAAAGCUACCCAGCUUGCCACAAUCUCGAUUCACCAGCGUUCGCACUGACGACCUCCAUGAGCUUCAGGAGAUCUUUCAUCAUGCGCAGGACGGCGCCGAUAGUCAGGAGCCAUCUACGCGUGCGCCUCGCGCACGCUUCAGUCGCGCUUCAAUCUACAGUCUGCACAGCCUGCACAAGAUGACAAGCAUGCGGUCACUCAUCAAGCGCAAGUUUUCGAGAGAUCUCGCAAAGAAGGACUCGGGACUGAAUAUUCACAUCGAGGUAUCGCAGAAGGUCACAACAGUCGACCAGGACACUGUUGUCAGGUCCUCGAAAGAAGAAGCUAAAGAGCAACUGAAGAUCACUAAAGAAGACCUACGCAAGGACCUGUUGAGCGACAAGAAGCCAGACGAAGGUGGCUACGACUCUGAUGCUGAGAUGCUUGACGACUUCGCGAGAAACAUGGGCAAGAAAACACCCAGUAAGAGAGCAAGCAUACACAGCGUGAAUUGGUCUCCAUCAGCUGGCAGCAAAGCAACACCAGGAUCAUCAACCAAGAGCCGCACCGACCCUGAUGGCAACCGUGAUCUGCAGCCCUACCAGAUCCAGAAAUCUCAUGCUGUCUCACUUGCUACCCGCAUUGGUCAUGUUUUUAGCACACCGAACUUACGUAACGAUGUCUCAGGAAGGAGAGACGGUGCUUUCAGACGCUCGCAAUCUGCUGCGUCAAUGGGUCUUCCUCAGGUAUCGCCCCUUUCGCCCCUGUCACCAUUGCGUCUUCCUAGCCUCACCGAUCAUGAUCAAAACGGUGUUCCCUGGGCCGAGGUCAUCAACGAAAGCCUUCGUCUGUCGCAUUUCCCUCUUCCGCCACGUCAUGCCAGUCCACGGGCCUCGCAAACAUUGCUAUCACCCUAUGAGGCCACCAAAACAGCAAAGCAUGCAAGCACAGAGCUCAGGUCUGAUAGCACGUCCUCAUCGCAAGGCGUGCUAAACAAUGAUAAAGGAGCAAGCGCUCGACCGGAGAUUCGUAUACAACAACCAACUUCUAUAGCAAGUCCCCGUCCAUCCGCUGACAUUCGAGGUACGCUCCAUGAGAACGCACAACCCUCUCCGUCGAAAGCUGAAGUAGCUCGAGAGUACGAAGUUGAAGAGGAGGAAGACAAUUCUCGCCACUCGGUGCAUCUCCACAGCAUGCGCAUCUCGCAUCAUCUACGAUCGGGCUCGCUGCUGUCAUGGGAUCAACUCGCUGAUGCACCAGAGCUGCCCUCACCAACGCGACCAUACCGGGAGCGUACUGUGUCCGACCAGAGUCGAGUUUCUCGUCCGAACAGACAGCUAGCGCGGCAUGAGAGACAGACUUCGAGCUCAGGAUUCGCCAGCUCGAAAGUGCCUUCGAGAUGGGGUAAGGUUCUGUCAGGGGAUCAGGACGUUCGAGGUGAUAUGGCAUCGUCAAUCUAUUCGAGUCGCCCGCAGAGCCCUCCUGACAGCUUUGUUGCGUCCCUGACCAGCUUGGGUCGGGCAGGUACGGGUCACGAUGAAUUCGGCGGUGCAUCGAUUCACUCGCCACGGACGCGCCGGUCCAACUCCUUCCCAACUGACAACGAAGAUACCCCUCGGGCAAUACCACGCUAUGGGCUUUCUAACCUCAGAGCUGUGGAGGGAGUGCCUGUGACAAGCUCAUUGCUUGACACACCGUCAUCGCUGUCGCGCAAGAACAGCGUUGCUGAUACUAAAAAAUCAAAAUUUCGAGAAGAGUUCAGCCCGUCGCCUCCGCGUAAGAAGAUCACCCCAUCAGAGUCCAUAAUGAAGUUCCUAAACCCCAAGCGCCUUAGCGGACGAAGUCAAAGCGAGGCGUCCUUGAAGCCAGAUUCGCCAAUACGGACUGGCGAUGCCACAUUCGAUUCCUUGGACGUCCCUACCGACCGAAAACGACGACAAUCGCACUCUAUGUUGAGCCUACAGGUAGAACAGAGUGCUUUAGUGAAGGACAAAGGUGCCGAUCAUGUUUGGGAUCAAGCACUCAAAGCCCACCAAGAGGAGAAAGCUUCAAUGUUCUUACCCAAGAAUCGCGACCUUGCCGCGCACGCCAAUCCCUUCCGUGAACGCAGCGGAAGCAUCAUGACUCGUCGUAGCGCGCAUGAAGACCGUGUUACAGUGACACCAGAAGCACCAAACGCAUCAGGGAGCUUAUUCGCGCCAUCGUUCACUCCAACCUUUGCACCGCGAGCAGCACUUCCCGAAGAGCUCUCUUGUCCUCGACCAACGUCACGACGCAGCGCUGUGGCAAACGCGAACGAAGAUACAAACGAUCGAGAUGUCUCCGUCAUCUUCGAGAAGCAGGGUGACAGCCCUGAGAUAGUGGGAUCGUGGGGUCGCUACCCUUCGCACACUCGUGACGAGCGUACAAACUCUGCGGGGAAGGUAGAUCGUGUGGAGAGCCGCGACUUUGCGCUUGAGGCGGCGAUCAGAUUUGCAUCUUCUCAAGAUGUUGACGAAGAUCUUAUUGAUCCAACUGAGCGCAUUUCCUCGAUGCCACUGAUGCCGGGCGAGAAGAAGAGGAAGAAGAAAGUUGGUAGUGGACGGAUGGCGAAAAGCAACUCGAUGACGUUCAGCAAACAGUUCCUCAAGAACUACUCGAAGAUCUUCAAGAGCUCGUCCACCGAGUUCCGGAAGCAUGGGCGGAACCAUCGCAGCUCAAUCACAACAGGUGGUGUGCUCGAGUUCCCAGAGCUCGAGGUUCUUCCGGAAGUAUGGAUACAAGGCUCUUCGGUCGAUGGCAGCAAUGAUCGGGGCCACAGACGAGAGGACUCGGCGGCAAGACGUCGGGCAAGUGACAGCCAUCACGCUGAAAAGUCACAUACUCACGACUCGAUGGCCACACUGCGACCUCGACGAAACUCAUCCGCGCCAAAUCUGAAUGAAAUAAAUUACGAUGGCGCAAAUGAAGACAGGCAUGCAGGAGACAACGCUCGCGUGUGGUCCGUCUACUACGAUGAUUGUGUGCCCUCCUAUCCUCGCGCAAGCACCGACCUCAACACUGGCCUUGAGGACUUCGGCCCGGCUCGAUUCUCUUUUGAGAGUAGACACCCAUCUAUGCAUUCACGCACUAUGCCUCCACGCUUUGUAAGGCACUCGCGUAACGUCAGUUGCGUGAGUCGGGGCAGCGCACGACCGAGUCUAAGGUCCAAAGGCGAUGACGAUGACUUCGCGGAGAAGAGAAGCAUGGUCAGUGUGCGACGCAGUACUAUGGAUCUGAUCUCGAAGUUCAAAGAGCAGGAAGUCAUUGAGCGCGACAGGGUAUUGUCCAUCACAAGGGUAGGAAGCCGCUACGACAGUGAGAUUUUGGCUGCUUUGUGA